AGGAUACAUAACAUUGCAUGAUCUGCACGUCUUCUUCUCUGCCCCUUCCCCCUACGUAGACUUCAAUGGAGAACAGCAAACAAAUCUGAAUCCCAUCCCUCUCGCAGAGCCAUUGCGAGGGGACACAGGGAGAGGGAUCGCAUCCUUCUAGUGGGCCACGCACAUUUUACAGCAGAGGAUCCCAAGCCUUUAGGCUGGGUAACCCAGCUCUCCCCUCCUACACACAUGCAGAUACCAAGAGAUCCCUUGAUCCCUAAGCAGAGGUCUCUACAGGUAAAAACAGCAUUCUGGGCACACUUUCUUCCCUGCGGGAAAAUUUUUUUCUGUGCAAACCACAGGUACAGUCGUCAGUUAUGGGGAGGUGUAUCAUUCAAGACACCAGAAGAAUCUCUUGAGAGCAGAGUUCAUUUGGUAGUACAUGUCUCUCUACCAAGUCUGUUCACUAAGCACAGGGGCACAGUGACAUUUGUGGGAAAAGGAGACCUCUAAGCACGACAGAGUUGCAGCAUGUCCCCAGAAUAAAUCCGAGGGGCUGUCUCAAAGUCUGGUGCUGUGACACUUGUCUCAAUGGGAAAGCCCUUUGUGAGCACUUACAGGGAAUCUACUCCUGCAGCAGCAAACGUAAACUACAGAAUCCAGUUUCUACGUUUGGAAUUAAUUUCCAUAUCUAACCUAUGUCUCUUAGUGUUCUCAAAUGUCCUCAUGACAUAAAGAAAUCUCUGACAUCUUCUGUAAUGUCCACAUGGCAAUGGUCACUGCAUUUUUCAAGCUCACCUGGAUCUCUCUCUCUAUAGCAUAUCAAAACACACAUUGCCUCCACCUCCUGCGUUGCCCAUAUCCCUCACACAUCCACACUGCCGAGGACAUUAUUAUCCUGUUAGCUGGCAAAUUGUCCAUGUGCCUUUUAUUGAUGCAUGUCUGAAGUAGCAGUAUUAAUUCUUGUUCUCUCUUCCCACACCUCAACACUCUUGAAAUAAAGAAAAAAGCAUGGAUCUAGUAGCACCCACUCUCCACUCCAGAAUAUAGUUAAGCUGUCAUACCUCACCACACAGGUAUUUGUUCCUAUGCAUGCCAGUGUUUUUAUGGUCUGUGACUUGAAAUCUGCGUUACAAAAAAAAACCCGUUUGUAUAAUUGAGCUACUGCAAGUAUCAUUCUCAUAUGAGAAUAUAGUUAUAUAAAUAUUUAUAAAUGUUAUACAGAUAUGUGGGCCUAGAUGAAAACACAAAAUAGUGUCUAUGCAUUAAAAUGAUGAUGGGAUAAUGAUAAUUGCAGACUUUGUCUGCCAGUUGAGGUCCUUAAAUACAGACCUUAAUAGUAUAGAUAUUGGACUCCCCGUAUGAUAGCGACUUUUUGUUGAUGCAAUAUAUGUUCAUUCUAGGUGGUAAUAGCACAGUGGACAUUAGGGACCUAUUUGUACAGUUAACUGAGGAAUUGUUCUUGACCCAGUGUUACGAAGGUGUGUGCUGAGAGGGAUUGCACAACUCUGAUUCUAAUCUCCGUGGCAGUCAAACAGGAAUGUGGUAAUAGUGCCUGAUGCCUUUUUGUGUAAAACUUUUAUGCUGCUUUGCUUUAGUAGGGGCUUCAUCUGUUCUCAGUCCUAGAGGCUGGGCUGAGUGAAGAUGGGACCCUUGAGUUUAUUUGGACUCCUCCACCUAAGGAGUUUUGUUCAGAACAAAUCUUAUUUGACAGCCUAGGUUUUUCACUCCAGCCUUCCUGAAGUUAUAGAGAGGAUUCUUCAGACCUGUUUUGGGAAAUCAGUGCUUUAAAGUACUAGGUCUGAGCUCUAGAAUAUGGUUGGCCCUAGCACCCUAGCAUGAGUAGAGCUUUGUAUUCUUGCUGUAUAGUGUAUCUAGAUUUUUGCCGAAUUAGUUUCUGCAGAGAAAUAGAUCCUAAAGGUAGAAGAAAGGUGGUACUCUUGUGUUAGCUUUACCUUGAAAAUUGCAUGUGGCAGAUUUUGAACUCAGAACGUGAGUGGUUUUAAUUAGUGAUAGAAAGCUCAUAAUCAGUCACAUUUAGUUUAUUCACCACACAAGGGCCAGUGCAGGAUUGUGCCCUGAGCUCGCUCCAGGCCUUUUUCCAUUCCAAUUUUAAGCAAGCCACAUGAUUUCUUCAUCUCCCGCGGGGAUGUUUUACUAUGAUCUAGUUAGAUGUCGUAGUUUGCACAUGUUUAGUGAUGUGCAACUUUACAUUUUCUUUCCCAAAUAUGAGGUUUCUGGUUAUUUCUUCCUGGGGAAAAGUAAUUGAAAGGGUCGUAACAGAGCAGCUCCAUAUGUGUUAAUUUGAAAUAGAGUCGUAUAACAUCUUCUGGUUUUAUAGAGGACACACACAAUGGUAAUGAUCAGAUUAGGAUUUCCUGGGGUAUGGAAAAAGCUAAAAAGUGAUCUUAACAGUCUAAGCUGAUAUCCAGUCACCUUCUCCACAGCUGCACCCAGUCACAUCUGAAUGUCAUACGUGUGCUUUGUGUAACAUGGCAUGAUAGCAGUUACACAAUGAGCAUUGCAGCUGGCUUCUGCCUCUGGUAAUAGCUACAGAUCAGGUCUGUGUAUUGGUGAUACCCUAUCAUAGUUCUUAAAGUGCUGCCUAGCAACUCUCAUCAUAGCUGAGAGUCAGUUUCAGGCAAUGUACAGAAGGUUUUCACUGAGAUUGCUAGACAGUUAAGGUUGCAAAAUCCAGCUAGGAACUUGCAGAUAUUUGAGUACCAACUAAAUGUCAAAGAUCAGUUUGAUUGAUGUCAGUAACUGAAUUAGCCAAGUUUAGGAUUUCAGGUCCGCAUAGAUGUCUGAACGUAUUGCAAGUGUGCCUUUGACCACAGCUUAGACAUCUCCUAACACUGGCUGUUCUGACUAGCGUGGCAAGAUUUCUUUUAAUUCCUUGAAUGGAUUUAGAUUAAUAGAAAGCUCAAGCCUAUUAAGCUCAAGAUUGCUCUCUGUUUUUUUUCCCAGUGUCGUCUCUGAUUUCUUUCAUGUCUUUGCACAGAAGCCUGCAGCAAGCAUGUUUUUUGAAGUGGUGUAAAUUGGUGGGAAAAUAUUCCAAGAAAUUAAAAACUAAUAGUACUUUUGGAGUGUGGGAGAAGAGAAACUAGACAUGCUCACACUGGGUAUUGGGAUAAACUUUUUGACGGUGAGGAGUGUCAAGCAUUGUAAGGGGUUUCCCAGAGAGGUUGUGCAGUGUCCAUUCUUAGAGGUUUUCAAGACCAGACUGGAUAAAGCCAUGAAUAACCUGGUCUAACCUCAUAGCUGACUCUGCUUUGAACAGGAGUUUGCACUUCAGGAGGUGCCUUCCAACCCAAUUAUCCUGUGAUCCUGUGCUUAGAAUCUAAAGCCUGGCAUGGUUGCCUUUCUGAGUCAGGUUGGACCCAUUGCUUUAGUCUUGUUCUGCCAGAGGACCCCGGGUCUUCUACAUAUUGUUAGUACGGUCCUAAACGUUCCCCCCAUCACCACUUUCCUGUAACUACUGAGAGUACUAAAAUCCCUCACCAUGAUAAUCCUGGUUGUCAACUGAAGUCCUCCCCAUGUGUUUUUGCUCUGGCAAUUUUAUAAGAAACAGCCUGAGCAAUAGCUAGGCUCAUGCACCAGGUUAUCAGUUGUUGACCAUGCGGACUGAUAAAGGCAGUGCUUUUCAUUUUUCAGUCUCUAGGUCAAAUCUGAUCGGCCAAAGCUAGCUACCUGGCUUGCUGGACUACCCUCUACAAGGAAUGUUCAGCAUACUGCAGAGGCAGCAGUACAUACUUUCUACGUUUCUUUCGGACUGGAUGUUCUAUACUAAGUGUAAAUGGGUGGCUCAUAGCAUCCACAGCAGGAGAAAUGGAGCCAAAGAUCACCCACUUCUAAUCCAACCACUUUAGAUUCAGCAGAGUGGGAGCAGGAUAGGAGACUGACAGGAGAGGGGUAAAGCAGCUGGAGCAAGCAGUGAACAUCCCCUGCAUUUUUCUCCUUACUCAUGCCCCCCACAAAUCUGUAGGUGUGUGAAGUGAGAUCUGGAAUGGUAAGUGUAGUCUACACACUUGGAGUGUGAAGAAGUGAGAGAUCCAGUCUGAAUACAUACAUCAUACAUAUCAAAAGGCCUGGUGUCCAGUUUCUCCCUCCUCCACCUUCAACGUAUGAGUGAAUCAGUGAAAAAUAGAGGUAGAAGCCUCAGAGAGGAAAUGUUAACGCAGAAGGAAACUGAGUCAUGAAAGUAGGGAUAUAUUAAUUUAUUUGCAUGCACACAGGUGGAAGGGGAAGGAGUACAGAGGUCUAUGUAGACACUGCCACUUCAUAGGCAGUGUGGGAAUACGUGGAGAUGGGCAUCUGGAUAUAUUGUUUCUCUCUUACCCAGGGGAGAGACAAGAAGAGCAGAGAGACAAAGGGGAUACCUUUCCUUCCAGAUCAGACUAAUUUGAGGUUGUUCUCACUUCAUUACUCGUAUUUCUUCCAAGUCUGGCUUUUCCACUUUUGAGCAGUUCUCAAUCUGAUCACUUUAAAAACUCAAGUAAAGAGCUCAGGGGUAAGAAUUUGUUUCUGCCAGUAAGGAUCUGAACAGAGACCAUCUCCCAGACCUAGCAGCCAGUUGUCAUGAAGAGUGUACAAACUGACAAUCUCUGAGACCUCUCUCUCUCUCCUCAGGGUUUCUGAAACAUAGGUGGGUUGUUUCAAAGUUGUUUUGGGGAGACAUCUAGCAAAUAGCAUGAUUGCAUAAGCCUGGCUUUAUAAGGAAACCGUACUAAAAAACGUGGGCAAGGAAAUGAGGUGAUUGCAGUAGACUGGAAGGGACUGAAAGAUGUGGACCAAAUCAAUAUGGACAGCACGAGUUCACUGCAUGGCAGCAGCUUCCAUCGACCUUCCACUGAGCAAACACGGACAGAUUUCUCCUGGGAUGGCAUCAAUCUCUCCAUGGAAGAUACGACCUCCAUCCUCCCCAAGCUGAAACGCAACUCCAAUGCUUAUGGGAUUGGGGCUUUGGCUAAAUCAUCUUUCUCUGGCCCCUUAGGGAUAUCUCGCAGCAUGAAGGACCAUGUCACAAAGCCAACAGCAAUGGGCCAAGGCCGUGUGGCUCACAUGAUUGAGUGGCAAGGCUGGGGCAAAGCCAACAGCCAGCAGCAGCAGCACACGCACGAGACAGCGCGCAAAGACGCCGACGCCUACUCAGACCUGAGUGACGGGGAGAAGGAGGCCCGGUUCCUUGCAGGAGUGAUGGAGCAAUUUGCUAUUUCUGAAGCAACUCUCAUGGCUUGGUCCUCCAUGGAUGGUGAGGAUGUGAGUGUAAACUCAAAUCAGGACAACCCAGCAAGCAACUACUCUGAGAACUAUCAGGAGCUGAUGGAGAGCCAAGAGCAUAUGGCCCAGACGCAGUAUGAUAGCUGGCCUCAUUCCUACGUCUCACAGGGCAUGUAUUGCUUAGGUUCAUCUGAUGCCUGGGAGGCCAGUGACCAGUCCCUCAUCGCUUCCCCAGCAACUGGCUCCUACUUAGGCCAGAAUUUUGAUGAGUCCCAGACAAACCUUCAGGAAAGCAUUUUGCUUCAGAGCAGCUUUCUCCAGCAGCAACAGCUGCAGCAACAGCGGCAGGAGCAGAACUUCAUCCAGAGCACGGGGCUGGUCCACGUGUGGCCCCUGCAGACUGCUCAGAGUGGGGGUGGAGCUGAGUCCAGCACAUACAUGGAGGACCACAUUGAGGAUGAAGGGAACCCACGGCUGGAGAAAGCUCCUCUCCUAAACAAGAAGCCCUCUCCAGAGGAGGAUGAUGCAGUGUGCCGGGACCUGGAAUCUCUAUCUCCUCGAGAGGAGAUGGAACAUGCUGCACUGAGCCGCAAAGUCUCAGACGUCACCUCCUCUGGGGUGCAGUCCUUUGAUGAGGAAGAGGGAGAAACAAACAACUGAUGCUUUCUGUGAAGUUCUCAUCACUGCUGAACAAAGAGAGGGGUGGCAAGGAAUGAAAUUACAGAGAUUCUUCUCUCCAGCUCCCCAUAUUUCUGAGGAGGCACACCUUCCAUUCCUGACAUUUAAUUAUUUUUUUAAACAAGAGGAAAAUCUCAAAGUGAUUGACACAUAAAAACCUCUUCUCCCCUCCCCCAUGGACACAUAUUUUGGAUUUUCAUUGCUCUGGGCAACACGUGAGGUGCUUGUAGAGAUCUGGAUUGGUAAAUAAUUUCUAAAUCUUUUUAAUACUAAGUCUUGGCUGUGGAUACAAACUCUUCUGGUACCGGGGAUGUGGCUGAUGAGACAGGCUGGGUAUAGGGAGCGGCUAUGUGGCUAGAAUUCAUCUUGGCAGAAUGGAUGGUGUUCUGUGGACAUGGUCCCCUUUGAUAAUAUGUGAAUAUAAACUGGUUUCAAAUGAAGAUUUGGCUUUGCAAAUAUAGAUUGCACUAGUAUUGUGUGAUUGUGACUGAUACAGACUAUAAGGCUGUAUUCGGUACAGAUUGUACUGAAAUGAAAGAUUUGCUGUGUAACCAGAUCCUCAAUAGCACCUUGAUACAAAAUUGUAGGUUUGGUGGAUACAAACUGUGCUCCGUGGGCACGGGCUAUGCUGCUGAACAGAUGGUGUCGCUCUGUGGGCCAGGCUCUGCUGUGGCAUGGAGGAGUGGAUGCAGAUGCGAAUCUAACGCUGCUCUCAAAUAUUCAUGUUUUGGUUUCUUUCAUUUAUUUGUUUCUUUCUUUGACAUUUCUGCCUUCCCAGGAGCUGGCAAGAGUGGUGUGUCCUUUUGGCAUGGGGCACUGGAAGCCGGUGGAAAGGACAUUUUCAGCUAUGGAGAUAGUAAUAAAAAACUGACUCUUGCAUGGGGCUUGAGAACAUGUCCGUCUUGGUGCUGCUGCUGCAGAUUUCUGUCUUCUCCCUUGCCAGCAGUAUGGGGAGACCCAGAGAGUAGGCAGCAGAUCCAGGAACAGUGUGUACAGCUAUGAGAUCACAGAUACCGAGUUUACAUUAGAGUUUUCAGCUUUUGCUUUUUUUUUAACCUUUUUAUAUUGCUGGAUAACUGUUCAUGACAAAGCAUAAUAGGAAAGGCCUGUACUCCAGUCAUGGCUUAACAGAAAUACUGUUUCUUUCCCAUUUCUGCCACUCCUUCUGCAGUGCCAAAUGUAGCUGGAGGAAAAAGGGUGAGAGGGAGUUUUCUCCUCCUAUUUUUCUUCUUCCUGCCUAUGUUUUCUCUUAUUUUCCCACCCCCAAGCCGUGUAAAUAAUGCUCAGUACUUGGUCUGUUUGUUUUUCACUCCCAUCUCUUUUUUAGGUGUGGAGAAAGCUGAUUUCAGGAGUUUUCCCUAUUUGUACGGGUUCUAUAUUUUUUGUUAAAAAAACAUGAUUCGUUGACUAGGGGAAUUUGGUCUCUUGCAAUUCCUCACCAUGUUUCUACAGACCUCCUUUUGGGAGGAAGAGGUUUUGAAAGGAAAUUAUCUCCUUUCAAGCUCUCACCAGGAAAAAAAGAAAAAAAGAGGCAAAGGCAAAAAUUGUACAAGGUUAUUGAUUUUGCUGAAGAACUGAACAGAACCAACAGAGAUUACCCAGGUGCUGAGUUUUAAUUGCAAGACCUCUUGCAAGGAAGCAUCAGCAAAGCAUGGGUAUAAAUCAGAUGCUAGAUCUGAUGAGCUAGAGAAAGGAAUUUGCCUGGAGACUGCCAUACUGUUCCAGGGGCAACCCUUUCUCACUUACUCUGACUCAUAUCUGCUCUGUUUAAUUCAUGAUACAUUUGUUUCUCUUUUGCCUCUUCUUCAGGCUUGGUGUGUUUUUUGGAUGACAGGAGUGUCAUCAUGCUCCUUCCCUGCUUCAGGUUUAGUUCCUGCAUAUUUGCGGGGAAGAAUGUCUAAGGAGAAUAAAUCGUGACUGAAGUAAUAUCAUCAAGUCUCAGAGUUCAGACAGCUCCUGGCAAGCAAAGCAGGUGACAUCCAGGAAUUAACGAAAAGUAGAAAUGGGACUCUCAGGUAGAACUUUACCCCACUCAGCUUUCUCCCACUUACACUGGCAGCUGCAUGAAGAGGGACUCCUCUUUCAAUGUCUAAGUCGUUCCAGCAAAGUCCACUUCAAGCGGAUCUGUCUUCCCUCUCCAUUGCACCUCCAGAGGAAAGACCUUUGGGAUAUUUCAGUAAGAUUGGUAAUUUGGUGUAGGUAAGAGGGAAAAGUUUUUGUGACCAUCUUUUUUUUACCCAUUUGCUUGGUCUUGCUUACAUCUCUCUAAGGCGGUAGCUCUUCUCCUGAAUGAUGACCUUUCAAUAUCUCUUCAAAGAUGUUUACGCAUUCAGGUGCUAACCUCCCCUAGGCAGGAGGGUUUGAUAAAUAUGAUCUUCUAUAAUUCUUGCAGGACCAGUGCUAGCUCCUUGUCCUGAAUUGGUUUGGGUCUAGUCUUAGAGCAGGGCCUAGGAAAUCACACUAGCCAGAAAAGGGAGAUGGGGCAAGUGUCAAGAGCACCUCAGCAGAUGACAAAUGAGUAAGUGUUAAUCUUUUCUUAUUUCUUUUUUAAAAAUCCUUCAGGGAAGCAAAAAUUGGUUGGGUAUGUUUCUUUGUGGGAGAUUUGAGUGGUUUCUUGUUUUUCUCUCCAAACUAUUUUGUUCCCACGUGCCUCUCCAGGACCAAUCUGGAUGUUUACGGUAACUUUAGAGUAGCUUCUAAUGAUCCCUCUGUGUUGUUUACAGGACUGGGACAAGUGGGUCAACUUGUCCAGGGCUUCUUUUUCUUUAAUAUGGGCAUGUGGUACAUUUACUAAGAUGUGUGACUUAUGUCUAAAAGAUGUACAUUAUCUCCAUGGAAGACAGUGACAAGGAAUUUUCUACAUGGGAAGAAGUGUGAAAAAAAUUACCUUAUAGAAAAUUUUGUGGAGUUCAGUAGGAAGAGAAAACCUAUCUGUAGAUUUUUCUGACCUCCGUGGAAUGGGAUAGAGAAUUAUACCCUGCUGUACAAUUCCAUAGCCUGAUCUCUAGAAACCUGUAGAUAGCCUCAUUCUCUGUGAAUACAGACUGGUUUGAACACUCUGUAAAAACUUCCAAACUUACUAAUUUUUUUUUUUUCCAUAAAGGUCUUGACUUUCUGUGAAUAAUAAAAUUUCAGCCUUUUCCUGAAAGAAAGAAAAAGGCUAUUUUCCAUGACCUCUCCCCAAUCUAAAAGAGAAAUGUAUCUACAUUUGCUAGGAGCUUGCCCAGAGAGAGCAGAUCUGCCUAUCUACACUUGCCACCUGAGUGAGCAUCCUGAGCUGAACUGGAAAGGCAGUUUAAUCUUUUUGAAAGUGGAAAAUUGUUUGUAUAACCUGGCCUUUUCUUAUGUAACAGGCCUGCUGCUUGUGUGUAUCCAAUAUUACAGAGAGACCUGGAACCUAGUGUAUGUUUCCCAGAAAAGCUGUUGUUAUAUAGAUACACCUAUUCAAGCAUAUGGGAGGCACAGGUGCUUUGUGAGUGAAAUUUGGCCUGCAAUCGCUUUAUCCUGGUGAGGAGGGAUGAGUUGGAGAGAGUCCAGCCAAAUAGUCAGAGCCCAAAUUGUAUUUGUGAGGCUGAAAAUAAGAAGGAAAGGUAAGCUCAGGAUCCCUGAUCUGCAGUUACUAAGAAACUGAGCCUGCUGUUUGUUUCCACAAACCUUUUGUAAAGCAGAACUGCACUACAGAAAAAAUGUGGAUAUUCUUGAAGCAGUGGAGGUAGAAGAUUCCCAUCUUUUCCCCAAGCCUUUGUCUUCAGUAGAAACUUGUUGAAAUUAUUAUGCUAAACACAAAGGAAGGCUUAAACACAAGUGACCCUAAUUUAAAAGCUUCCACUGCAAGAAAAUUCUCUUGUUCCUUUUCCCAUGAUCGCUCAUACCUGAUUAGUUAUACUAUUUCAUAAGUUUUUCUUUUAUAUAAAUCUGAAAGUUUCUUUGUAAGCGUUCUGAGUUCUCUUCAACUCCAUUACCUCAGGCUCUGGGGUGGAGAAAUCAGUCUGCUCAUUUCAGUUUCUGUGCCUCUAAAUUACCAUCAUCUUCUUCUGAAAAGCUGCUGACAAGUCACCCUCUUGCUUUUUCCCCUUAAAAACUUUAGUGUCACCUUUAGCGACAGACUUGUAGCAGAGAACAGUUUAACCAUGCUUCUAAGCUGAUCCAGUGGUGAGCUGCUGUGAAGGAAGGCAGCCCUUUGCCCUGGCUGUGCUCACCUCCCACAACCCUUAUGCUGAUGCUGAUGCACAGUUGACCCACAGCAAACCAUGCACUUUUACCCUACUAUAAAAGUGAAGAGGGAACAGCUGUGAGCGGUGGGGGAGAUUGUGCUGUUCGCAGCAGCUGGCUUUCCUUUAUAUCAGGUUAGGGAAACAGGGGAAGUGCACUUUGAAAUGGCAUCUUCAUGAUGAGUCUAAGCUGCUCAAAGGAGCUGUCAUGCCUCCUCCCUUCCGCCACCACCAGCUGUGUACUUCUACUGCCUAAAAAGCACCAGCGCUAACACUCAUUUGGCUGCUCAGGAACUGGUCCCAUUGAAAACUAACCCAGUCCCCUAUCAAAAUAAGGGUUUCAGUGGGAUGAACUCUUCAUAUUGCUUCACUUGGUGAGGCAAGCAUCACUGAGGGCUGGUAAAAUGUGCAAGUGGUCAUGUGGAAGACUGGUUACCAAUGCAACUUAAAUUGGCUUAAGCUGAUUGUGAAGUACCUCUCUGAAAAGAACUGGGGCACCAUGAAGGACAUAUUCGCCCUUUUCUCCCAUAGUGUUUUUCUUGGAAUUUCAAGUAUGCUCUUACUUGAUUUGGAGUUUGUUGUUAUUUGUGCUCUUUUAUUUCUCUCACUAUUCCCUUCCUUUCCAAAGGCUUCUUUGAGAUAAACCCUUGCAAGGGACAGGAGGACAUGAGUAACUUGAUAUAUGCAUGGAAUUAAUAAAAUUAACGUGCACAAAUCUCAUAUACACUCAGUGAUUAAACUCCAUGGCAGCUAAAGGUACUGAUAAGUCUUAUCCUGUAAUUGCAAGAGGAGAGCCUUGUGCAAGAGUGAAGCACAGCUGGAGGAAAGGACACAUAUCCCUAUCUUUAAGCCAGUUCCAAUCUAGUGUGAGAUCCAGCAGAGCACUUCUCACCCAUGCAGAGUCUGUGCAUGCUGUACUGUGUAUGGCAACAACGAAAAAAUGUAAGUUGUAGCCCCAGAGAAGAGAACCAGAGAGAGGAAAUUGUUCUGUUAGUUGGACAGAGGUGUGAGGUGUGGUGGUGAGCCAAGGUAGUGUGCAAUAGUACAGGCUUGUGGACAGCUGUGUGUGCUCUAUGCAAUGGCAAGGAUAAGUCUAGCUAGAGAGGGAAAGACAUUGAGAGAAAGGCUUGGGAAAAAGGUCAAAAAAAGCUGAAUGUCUUUUCUUUACACAAGUCGGGUAGGAAGCUUAAUGGCAGACUUGCUACAAAAGCUUUAAGUCCAGGAUUGUUGCAGCUUAUAGUACUCCUUAGUCCAAGCCACACUUUUUUUUUUUUUUCCACAAAGUGAUCAGAAACGGUACCUGCUAGCUUCUUUUCAUUAUCGUUGAAAGCAAUUCACAGUAUGCUCAGUUCUGCAGGGAAAUCUUAUGAGAAAUACACCAAAUAAGAACUUACUCCUUGUCCAAAUGAAGUUAAUGCGAGUUUUGUUCUCAUUAGGAACUCAAAAUAUCUAAAGUCAGCUCAGUUUGCCUUAACUGGUGUAUUGGUAAUUGUCUAGAAGGAGAAACUCAAAUAAAUCCACCUCUAAAUGCUGUAGAAAGCAGAGCAACGUUGACAUAGCCUAAGCUCUUCCUUGUGAUUUGUCCCAGGUGGAAUUUCCAAUGUUUCUUGUUCAGACAACUCUGGCAUAUCUUUUAAAUUAACUUUUUGACUUUUUCUAAGAGAAACAGAAAAAAGAGAAAAAAAAUUCCAUUCUGAUAGAGAGAUUAUCAGCAGCUGGUGUCCUUACAUCUAGAAAAAUGUAACUAAGUAACAGUUUUACCUUUGAUUUUCCUCCCCUGUAGCAAUCUGACAGGGAAAGAUUUCUAUGCCGUGGCUCAGGGAAAGGAAAAAUAAACAGGGAAAAUGUGAGUAAAAUAGUGCCUAUUAGAACUAAACGUAUAUGUAGGACAGACUACAGUCAUUAAAGCACAGUCUCAAAUAUGAUUGCAAGCUGUAAAGUCAAUGUCAGGUGCCUCUUUUGUAUCAUAGGCUUUUCCCAGGCUAAAUAGUGCAGGAGCAGAAGAGCUGGACUUGUGUGCCAGAUCAAUGUCUCUCUUUGUCUCAGAAUUUGUCAUGGAACCUGGGUACACUACGCUCUCUCAGCAGCACAACCAGCUCCAUGAAUUGACAGGUGUAGACAUGAAGACAAGUGCUUAAUUUGUUAACAAAUGGACAUGGACAAUUUGCACUUGGAACAUUAGGGUCUAUUUACAUCCUUGCACUGGCAUUUUUCCCCACCAUAGUCAGAUCAAAAUGUUAUCUUUUCCUUGGAAAUGAGGAGAACUUCUGUGAUUGUCAGUGUUGGUCUGCACAAAAGAGAAUAAAUAUGUGAUACAUUUUUCCAGUGCAAAUAGACGUUUUUGGAAGAGGAAAAAUUUAGCCAAGCUGUGACUUCGAGAAAGAUUAUAUUUACUAAAACUGUAAAGACUUGUUCAAGAAUGUUCUCAGUGCCGAUACCAUAGAAUCACAGAAUGAUUUGGGUUGGAAAGGACCUUAAGGAUCAUCUAGUCCAACCCCUCUGCCAUGGGCAGGACUUACCUAUUGAUAAGUAGUAACUGCUGUCUUCUAGGAAGAGAGGGAUUACAGUGUUCUGUGGAUCUUCCUCAUCUCCUUUGACUGGGGACAUUUUAAAUGCUCUCUGAAACCUAGUCUUGUUUUUGCUUUCCCAUAAGGGAUCAAAUGUCCAUGCUAGCAAGACAAUAAAGGCUUUUCUCCAUUCUGUAGACAAGAUCAUGCAUCGAGAUUUGCUUCUAAUAAGAUACAGGCAUCUAGUCCAGAUUCAUUGGCCUUCUGGAUUCAUCUUCAUUGGGCAUGGAAAUCUGGUCAUGAGUUGGAGGCCAAAAGGUUAAGAACCCUCCUCCAGAGUCCUGCCAAGUUCCCAUGAGGCAAGUACAAGUGAACUUCCCUUCUUUUCAGAUACUGCAUGCUCGAGCAACGUAGCAAGCCAAAAGCUCUUUUGCAGGUAUAUAUUAUUGUUUGGCUAUAAUAUUUCUUCUCUAAUUUGUGGAUGUUGUGCAUGAUUGGAGGUCUCUGGGAAUCCCUACAUUAUAAAAUUGGGACUCAAAAGUAAUUUUAUGGGGAACAGGAUUUCUCUUGUUUCAGCUCUUUUUUAGAUAUGAGUGGUUAAAGACAGAGGUUUGGGAGGUACAAGGGUGGUGGAUGGGAGUCUCAGGGGUGGCAUGCGGAAUGGAUUCCUAAGCAUGUAUAAAAAUAACUAAAGGCUUAGGUCUUUAAGUGUUGUAUUCUCAGUAUCUGAAACUACUUUAGCAUAAGUGUAUGGGACAAUGGAGGUUGCUGCAAAGCAAUUUUAAAGAGCUUCCCCCAAACCUGUACACAUUUUCUGUAGCGGGGAGUCUGCAUGGUGAUUAUAUUUAUUCUUUCAAGCUAGUGUUUACAGAGGUGCACUGAUGUUUGGGGAGAAAGUACCAAAUUGAAGUAAAACAAAAAGGGAAAGGGACCCACUACUGAAAGCUUUCAUCCUUACCUUGUCCCACCCUAGCCCUUAAUAACUAACAUGAGUCUGAUUUGCCUUUGGUCUUCCAGCUCCAAAACAUGUUUGCCUGAAAAUUUUUGUUGGAUAUACUUCGCAUGUUUUGAUAAUGUGACUUAUGAGAUAACACUUCUACAAAGAUAUAUAUAAAUACAUACAUGUACAACCACAUGCAUACAUGUGCACACACUACAUAUAGACUUAGAAAAAUAUAUGGCACUACACACCUCCAUGCCUGUAUGUGGCAGUAACCACAGUAAAGGAGGGGAGGUAGCUCAAAAUAGCAUGUACAGUCCUUUAUGGAGUUGUUAUUAAACAGAAUGUGGUCUUGCCA